AUGUCGUGGCAAUCGUACGUCGAUGACCAUCUCAUGUGCGAUGUCGAAGGCAACCACCUCACAUCCGCCGCUAUUCUCGGCCAAGACGGCAGUGUCUGGGCUCAGAGCUCCACUUUCCCUCAGUUGAAGCCUGAAGAGAUAGAAGGAAUCAAGAAAGACUUUGAGGAAGCUGGACAUCUUGCCCCAACUGGGCUAUUUCUUGGUGGCGCAAAGUACAUGGUUGUCCAAGGUGAGGCAGGAGCGGUCAUCCGAGGGAAAAAGGGACCUGGUGGAGUCACUAUCAAGAAGACCAACCAAGCCCUAGUCUUUGGUCUCUAUGAUGAACCGAUGACGGGAGGCCAAUGCAACUUGGUAGUGGAGAGGCUCGGGGAUUACCUCAUCGAGUCUGGUCUUUAA